UCAUAUUACAAUUGGAAAUCUGAAAGACAAAUACCAAGUCAGGAGAAAGGUUUUCGCCGUCUGUCUCCCAAUCGUUGGAAUCUUGAGAUCCCAAAUUAAAAGAUAACCUUAAUUGAAAUGGUUUACAAAAUAUGGGCAUGAAAAUGCUCAACAAAACAGUUAUGUAGUGCUCAACUUCAAGUCCACCGGAAGUGAGUCGCUAGAUACUGUUUAAUAUUAAUGACUAUGGAUUAAAAAGCUUGCAGGAGCUAGCUUGUGGCUUAGUGCAACAUACACGUCAGGUAAAGACGAACAAGAAAGAUUUAACUUGCAAAUAUAUAAGACGGUGUGUAGUUUAUCAAGAAUAAAGAUGCAUGUUUUCACUGGUAGCUUUCUAGCAAUGCUUCUGUCCAAGUAUCUAUGCCCGGUGCUUAUCGUUCUGUUUGCAACAACAUGCAUACUCCUGGUAUAUCAACGACUGCAAGAGAACACUGGUCUUCCUCCGGGUCCAUUCUCAUGGCCAAUUAUUGGUAAUCUUCAUUUGCUCGGCAGCAAACCUCAUGAACGACUUACAGAGUUGGCCAAGACGUUUGGUGAUGUGUAUAGAUUACAAUUAGGAUCUCGCCGUGUUAUUGUCUUGAAUUCUCUGGACUGUGUUAAGGAAACAUUAGUGAAGAAAUCUAGCGAUUUUUCCAGCCGACCGCCGUUGAACAGUCUGCAAGCAUGCGAAGGAAGUCUAACGUUUGGACCUUACGAUGAAAUGUACGUCAAGAAACGACGGUUAGCCCACCUUUGCAUGCAUAGCUUUAUGUCAGAUCACGAACGACUGGACUCUCAAAUUAACAAUGGUUUGGAAAAUCUUUGCAAACGAUUUUCAGACCAUAACGAAGAAUUUGAUCCAAUUCAUGACAUAAAACAUGCAGUCGCUGAAAUGAAUUUUAACUAUACUUUUGGCGAGGAUAUUGAACCGAAGAAUAAAGAGAAACUGAACGAAAUAUUGAAAGAGUUUAGCGAAUUCAACGUCAGCGGUUUACCGGAUUUUUUACCAUGGUUAAGUCCAUUGUUCGAAAGAUCAUUCAAAAGAAUAAAGGAAAUUAUUGCUCAUCUUUUGAACUUUGUCCGCCACAUUUACUUUGAGAAGAAAGAAAAAUUCAACAAGAAAAACAAAAUUGGUUGCAUUGGUGAUGCAUUAGUGCGAUGUUAUGAGAAUGGUACUAAUGAAAGAUUGGUUGCUCUUGGUGAAGAACUUGACUUGAAUGAAGAGAAUGUUGCUACAUUGUUAACAGAUUUGUAUGGUGCAAGUGUUGAUACAACCAGUACAAGUCUUAUUUGGGCGGUUCUUUAUCUCGCUUGUCACCCAAACAUUCAAGAUCGCCUGUACCAGGAACUAAAGGAUGUCGUUGGAGUUAACUGUUUAAGCGUGAACGAUAAAAAUCGCUUGCCGUUCUUAGAGGCAACUGUUUUAGAAACUCUACGAUAUAGCACAGUUCUUCCUCUAGCUGUACCACAUUAUGCAGAACGCGAGACAAGUGUCGGACCUUACAGAGUCCCUGAAGACACUAUCGUUUUCGUGAACUUAUGGGCUGUUAACCACGACGAAAGAGUUUUCAAAGAUGCCUUAAAAUUUGAUCCUGGUCGUUUUAUCGAUGAAAAUGGUGAAGUAAACAGAGCUCGUUUUUCUUCUAUACCAUUCUCAACUGGCACUCGUAAAUGUCUUGGUCACUUGCUUGCUCAACUGCAGUUGUUUUUACUUCUUGGUGGUAUUGUACACAAGUAUAGAAUUGAACUGUCGGGUUGUCCAAGUCUUGCACCUGAAUUUGGUUUUAUUCUACGACCACAGUCUUUUAAAAUUAAUGUGUACCCGAGACAAUAGGGCUUGUUUGUCAGCUGAAAUAACAAACGUCUACUAAUGUUGCAAGAUGUGGACAGCAGGCUUUGAAUGUCGUUAAGGGAAAAACUCCUCAUGAUGCAAACUUAAAUCAACUUGAUAUAGUAACUGCCUGCAUUUCGCAAUGAUACUAUAAGCUAUCAUAGAGAAAGCGCCUUGCGCUUCAAAGGAAUUGAAGACAUGAUUAAUUUAACAAAUAUUACCUGUUAUAGUGUGUAUAUUGUUUGCAUAUAUUUCACUAACAAAUGGACCUUGACAUUUAGGCUAUAAUUUACCUUGACCUUAUACAAAGAAUUACGUCAGCAAAAGAAUAUAGUCAAAAUGAUCAUAAAUGCACACAUAUAAAACCUUUUUCAAGAAGUUCUAUAAAAUUGUAAACAAUGGCGACAUAUGUGAAGAGAGGCUUUCUGUUGUUAGUAAUAAAUAUAUACUUAGUCUAAGUUUUUAUCCAGUAAUCUCUCUUCCGACAGCGCUGAGAAUUAUUC